GUUAACAGAUGAUAUUGGAUUUGAGAAGGCGAAAUAAGCAGAAGCCCAAAAAUUAGCCUAACCGAACCCGAUAGUUUUGAAAAUAAAAUAUGUCGUUGCCGGAAUGGAUGCCACCAAUUCAUUAUAGAUGUCUGGUUCCAAAUUGCUACAGUCUAUAUUAUUGGCCCGCUGAUCCGGGUUUCGUAAAUAAACAAUUUUAUAAACUUCCCUUAGAUGAAAGCAGAAGAAAAGAAUGGCUGGACAUUUUACAAGUUCCGUAUACUAAAUCAAAAUAUUCGCGAGUAUGCGUAGACCAUUUUAGUAAGAACGCUUUCCUAAUUGGUUGCAAAAAGAGAAGGCUUAAUAAAUUCGCCAAACCUUUUCGGAUGCGGAUUCCAGAGGUUGGUGAAAAUGUGGAAGUUAACACCAGCCAAUCAAUUGUUCCAUCUCCGAUUAAUACAAAACUAAAUGAACUUAGUCAAGACUGUAAUGAAGAAAUUGUCCAUAAUGUAGAAGUAACUUCUGAGAAAAAUGAAAACACACAUUCUACUACUGACAUCAACAAAUCGUUGGCUGAUGUAAAAAAGGAGAAAAAGUUGCGGAGAAAAGCUAAACAUAAGAAAAGUAGUGGUCAAACAAAAGUGUAUGUAGUAUAUAAGUUGCCAAGUGGUCGAAAAGUUAUGUUUUAUCACUUACCAAUUUUGAAUAAAUAAAAAUAAAUAAUUUAGUCAUUUUUCAUUAGGAAAUUAAUUAU